AAAUGCAGCAACUUACGAAGCAAUGUAUGAGUCAGAUGAAGAUAGCGCCAUGUACUCAGAUUAUAUGCCCCUCGAAGAGCAAGUUCAAUUGAGCGCCAAGACCUCGAAGCUCCUGCAAGAGAUCAAGCGCUUGCAGGAGUGCAAGCAUGCCGUGACUUGCGGGUCCUUGAAAUGCAUGUUCAAGGAGGAGCUGGCCAACGAGGAGAUCAUCAACAAGCUGGUCGAGUUCAUGCUGGGCGACAAUCCGAAGACGGCGCUCGAGAAGCUCCGCCUGGAGGGCAACACGGCCACCGUGUGCGGCAAGGUGUUCAAGAAUGGCGAGCCCACCUAUAGCUGCCGCGAGUGCGGCGUCGAUCCGACCUGUGUGCUGUGCGUGAAUUGCUUUAAGCGAUCGGCGCAUCGCUUUCACAGGUACAAAAUGUCCAGUUCCGGCGGAGGCGGCUGCUGCGAUUGCGGCGACGACGAGGCCUGGAAGCGUGAUCAAUACUGUGAGCUGCAUCUGGCGAAUCGCAAGAAUCCGCUCGAGAGCAAAAUCAUAACCAGUGCCGUGCUGGAGCGAGUCGAAAUCUGCUUCAGCGCCAUUUUGGCCUUCUGUGUCAACUACCUGGAGAUCGAGCCGAAUGCCAGUCUGCAGUGCCUGGACGGCGAGCUGGACGGCAACAACUUCUGCACGGUUCUGUACAACGACGAGUCGCACACCUUCGACCAGGUCAUAAACACGCUGACAAAGAUAGCCAAGUGCCGUCAGAAGGAUGCCAUGGAGAUCGUUGCGGCCAUCGACCGGGAGGGCCGCGCCGUUGUCAAGUGUGACACGUUCAAGAAAUGCAACGACCUGAAGACGGCCAUUGAGACCCAAAAUAUACCGCCCAGCGGCCUGCUGACCAAUGCCCGGCACAGCCAAUCGCUGCGCACGUCCGUGCUGAAUAUAAGCUCGGUGGCGUGCCAGCAAUUCGCGCUGCAGCUGCUCAGCUGGUUCCAGGAGUUCCUGGUGCGUCACUAUCUAUUCCGGAAGACGUUCGCCACGCUGGUGCAGCAGAAGAACGAACCGUUCUGCAUCCGCCACAUUCUCGAGUACGAUGUGAAGCUGUGGAAGACGGCGCGCACCUGCUGGCAUCGUCUGCUCAUCUCCGGCAUGCUGAUGGAGUACGAGAACAAGAUGGUGCUGGCCCAGGAGUUCUCGCGCCGCUAUGCGACCAUUGUGGAGGACUUCAUUAGCGACGAUCACGAUCACUCCUUCUCGAUUGUGUCGCUCAGCGUCCAGCUGUUCACCGUGCCCAGCAUUGCCCACCAUCUGAUCGCCCACGAGGGCAUCUUCGACAAGCUGCUGCACACGUUCUAUCACGUCGCCAUCGAGAACUUCAUUCACAAUCGCACGCUCCACUUCAGCAAGAACAUCGCGAGCAUGACCUUCUUCAAGCGUGCCAACUACAUAUUGUACGACUUGCGCUAUCUGCUCAGCCUGAAGCCAGAAGUGCUUAGCAAUGAGCUGCGCAAUGGCUUCCUUGACGGCUGCAAGGCAUUGAUGCGCGUCCUAAAUGUGAUGCAGGGCAUGGAAUCGAUAACCCGGCAAAUGGGCCAGCACAUGGACUACGAGCCGGAGUGGGAGUGCGCUUUCAACUUGCACAUUAAGCUGGCCUCGACCAUAUCCCAGGUGAUCGAGUGGGCGGCCAGCGAUGUGAAGCUGCUGCGCAAACUCUACAAGAUGACGGUGCGCGCCCUGGUGAACAACAGCUUCAUUGUGGGCAACGAGAAGGUGGAGCCGAAGACCGUCGCCGAUCAUGUGGCCAACUGCCUGAUAUAUGACGUCUCCUCGCGCCCCGUUUCCAUACACUUGCCGUUGUCGCGCUUCUAUGCUGGCAUCUACCUGCACCUGGGAGCGCACGACCUGACCUAUGACAUCCUGCUGGCCGAGGCGGAGGCGCUCAACAUUAAGCUGACGCCCCGCGAGAUUAUCGAGCCGGUGCUCUGCACACAGGCGAUGAUUGCCCAGGUGGCCGCCGGCAUGUGGCGACGCAAUGGCUAUUCGUUGCUCCAUCAGCUGUAUUUCUAUAGGAACGUGCGUUGCCGCGUCGAGAUGCUGGACAGAGACAUCGUCUGCCUGCAGAUUGGCGCCUCGCUAAUGGAGAGCAACGAGUUCCUGAUUCACUUGCUGAACAAAUUCAACAUGAUCGCCUGGGCUCAAAGCAACUACGAGGCUAGCCUGCAGCAGGCGCCGAUGGACGAUGAGUUUAUGCGCCAGCUGUCCAUGACCGAUGAGUUCCUCGAGCUGUUGAUUGUUAUCAUUGGCGAGCGCUGGAUGCCGGGCGUCUCGCUCGUCUCCGAGGAGGAUCGCCUGCGCAAGGAGAUCAUACAGCUGCUCUGCAUCAAAUCCUACUCGCACUCGGAGCUCUCGCGCGCUCUGCCCGACGGCAACGGCGGCAGCAACGACAGCAUCAUUGAGGACGUCAUCAAUACGGUGGCCUCCUUCAAGAAGCCCGUCGGCGCCGACGGCAAGGGCGUCUAUGAGCUGAAGGAGCCCUUCUACGAGGAGUUCAAUGUGUACUUCUACCACUACACCAAGGAGGACAAGUCCAAGGCCGAGGAACUGCAGCGCGAGCGCCGCAAGCUCAAGAAGCAGCUCGUCUGCUGCCCGCCGCCAAUGUUGCCUCAGCUGACGAUGGCCUUCAUCUCCAUGGCCAACAUCCUGCAGUGCAAUGUGUUCUUUGCCAUCAUCACAGUGGUCAUAGAUCGAGCGCUGGACCCACGCAGUCGCUCCUUCACCGAGAGCCAUUUGCAAAAGGUGCUGCAUCUGAUUGGAUUUGCCAUACAGGAGGAGCUCAGUGGAUAUUACCCAUUCCUCAGCUUCUAUGAGCGCUCGCAGAAGCACGAACUGCUCGAUAAACUGGAGAAGUUGGCACGCUGUCCACGCCUGGAGGCACAUCGUGACUUUGUGCUGUGGACCAUUAAGCGCUACAAGGAUCUGCAGGCCAAGCAGUCGCCAAGUGUGGACUCCUCGGCAGCAGCCGCUGGCUCGGGCAGCAGCACACAGCCGCCGCUGCAGGGGGAGGAGCAGCAGCUCACCUCCGAGCAGCAGGCUCGCCCCGAGAAGGAGGCUCGUUCGCGCUUGGCCGCUGAGCACCGUGCCAAGAUCAUGGCCCAAAUGCAGAACGCACAAAAGUCGUUCAUGAAAUCAAAUGCUGAACUGUUCGCCAAUGCCGGUGAAGAGGGCACUGCAGGUGCUGCUACGAAGCAGGGUGGCUCGAUGAUGGACUGGGAGGAUAUACCGGAGCCGAAAGAUGAGGAAGGCGCUGCCGCUGUGAUGCCAGAUCCGAGCAAGAUUGUGUCCUGCCUGGGCGCACGGCGCUGCUUCACCGAGGCGGCCAACAACAGCUUCAAGUGCAUCCUCUGCUUCGAGAACUGCAGCACCAGCGGCAACGACCAGCCGCUGGUCAGCUCUGCAUUCGUGCAGACGUCGCGCGUCGUCUACACGACUCGCAUGCCCACAGACACGAGAUCGGGCCUGCAUGUGAGCUGCUGCGGGCAUGUUAUGCACUACAAUUGCUGGAAGGAGUACUACAGCAGCGAGGAGUCCAAGGAGCAGCGUCGGCCGCAACGCAAUCGGGCGCAGAACCAGCACCAGAACGUAGAGUUCCAUUGCCCCUACUGCCGCACGCUGAGCAACGCGGUGCUGCCAGUCAGCGAGCCGCUCUCCAAGUUCUCGCAGCCCCAGGCGACGUCCCAGGCCAUGAGCGACGCUGUCGACAGCUAUAUGCCGUUGGACAGCUUUGUGGAGCUGAUGCGCGCGCUGAGCAGCCUGAGGGUGGAGGGCAGCCCGCGAGUGGUACAGAAGUACGAGAGCCUCAUCGGCAACAUGGCCCAAUUCGAGCGCAGUGCGCAGAUCAUAAAAACGCCCAAGUUGGACAAGGAAUACAUCGACGUGAUGAGCUCCUUCCAUUCGGCGCUGCGCAACGCCAAGCACAGCCAAAUGCAGGGCAGUCUGCCCAAGUACAUGAUAACUAUAAGUGAGCUGCAGAUGGAGAAAGUCACCGUGCUCUGGGACGCCUGCUGCUACACACUGCAGGCACUCGAGGUCUACCUCUACAUCACGCAGAAGCCGCUGAACGCCGAGCUGCCCAUGCGCCACCAGAGCUGCGUCAGCAAUUUGGUGCGCGCCUGCGCCCUCUACUCGACCAAACUGAAUGAGAACCAAAUCAGCGAGCAGAGCGAGUAUGCGGCCAAACUCUACGAGGAGGUGUUCGACCAGAAAGAAUCAUGUGUCCUGGAGUGGGACUGCUUCCGCAAGCUGGUGCACCUCACAUUUGCCAUGCCCAAUCUAUUGAUUGCUACAGACGCCGACAAGAAGAUAUUGCCAAGCGGCAGCAUGAUCGACUUUUACUUGCUGCAGGCGUGUUUCCUGGCCAACGUGACAAAGGCGAUCGUUUGCUUUGACUACGAAAAUGAUCUGGAACGUCCUCCACAAGGGGACGAUGAGGCGCAAAUUGCGGCGAUGCUGCAGUACGUGGAGGAGCUGCCGUGCAAGAUCCGGCACAACAUGGCCAGCUUCUACAUGAAGCACAAUUUGGCAUAUCGCGUCAACCAGCUGAUGCGGAACGAGCAGCUGAGCGAGGAGUUCGAGGAAAUGGAAGUGGGCUUGGGGGAGGAGGGCGUUGAGUCGCCGGACUGCACGGCUCAGCAUUUGGCCCGACUUUUGGCGUAUGUUAAGCGCCAGAUGGGCUCGUUCCUGCGCAGCGCCUGCCUAUUUUACCGUUACAUCACCGAUGUCGAAUAUCCGGACUGCUUCCCCACUAGCCAGCCAGAUCGCUUUGGCCUGAUGUGCCAGUACUUGGGCAUGGACGCCGAGCUGGGCGUCUACUUCGACAUGGAGUCGGUGUACGCCACCCUAAUGCAGAGCUUUGCCUCGCAUCCGCACAUUAAGCGCGAAGUCGGCAAACGUCUCGCCGCCAAGCGUGCGCCGCCCGACACGUCGGUGUCGUAUAUGCUGCCGCCUGAAGAUCCGGAUGAGAUAAAUAUAAUGCCAUGCCUGCGGCCAUUGCCGGAGCUGAUGGAGCUCUUCGACGAUUACAGCGAUCUAAUCAACAGCGUUUCGGACAUCUACUGUCCGAACAACGAGCGUGAGGAGAUGAAGACGCCGACCAUGUGCCUAAUAUGCGGCGCCAUACUGUGCGGCCAGUCGUUCUGCUGCCAGCCGGAGCUGGGCGAGAAGCAGGUGGGCGCCUGCACCCACCAUGCCCACGAAUGCGGCGCCGAGGUGGGCAUCUUCUUGCGCAUACGCGACUGUCAGGUGGUCUAUCUGGGGCGCGGCAAGGGCUGCUUUGUGCAGCCGCCGUAUCUGGACGAGUACGGCGAGACGGAUCAGGGCCUGAGACGCGGCAAUCCGCUACGGCUAUGCAAGGCGGCAUACGAUCGCAUCUUUCUACAGUGGCUGGGGCACAAUCUGCACGAGGAGAUCGCCCGUCUCAACGAGAAUGCGAAUGUGGCCGUAACGCAGUGGCAUCACAUGUAGUCCGCAUGCUCCCGAAUUCGAUAUACAAUGCAAACAUCUAUA